AUGCGAUUUAAUAAACAUCAUAAAUCGACACAAACAGAUUUUUGUUGUUUACAACAUGGACAUGGAAGUUUUGCUAGAUAUCAACCAGAUAUAAAUUUAUUUAGUUAUGCAACACAAGAAUUGGAUGAAGAAGGUACUUUAACCAACAAUUCUUCCUCAGAAAUGUCAACAGUUAUUAAUGAAGGGGUUAAUUUUCAUGAACAACAACUUGACUUUAAUCAGUCAAAUGAAGAAAGAAAUCAACCAAAAAAAGUUAUUUUAGCAAAUUCCCCUUCAAUUAAUUCGUCUAAAAGUAAUAAUACUUUGAGAGUUGUUGUUAGUGGAGGGGCUAAUAAUACUAUUUCUUCUUCAUUAUCUUCAUCGCCAAUUGCACUUACAAGUACUUCAAGUAGUUCUUCAACAGCUUACAUUAGAAGAUAUUUACCUAGUAACUCACAACGUCGACAAACAAGUUCUCUCUCCUCAUCUUUUCAAACUCGUGGUUCAGUUCAUUCAGCGCCUUUAAAUGAACAACCAGGCUGUUCCACAUAUUCGGGUGCAGCUGUUUCAGCUAAUUUAUCUGUUGGUGCAAUGGAAAGGCAUUCAGUUAGUGGGCAACAACAAAAGAAUUAUUUAGAAGAAAUUGGACAUAGACGUUGGACAUUUUUUGAAUCAGGAAGGACAUCACGUGGUGAACCAAGAGGGUUGGGUGUUCCUUAUAUGUAUACAAAAAAGAAAGCAAAAAAAAAUGAAACAACAGAAAUGAAAAGAUUGAUAGCUGAAAUUGAUUCUAGAUUAUUGGAUUGCCGAACAUUAGUGUCCCCAUGUUCACGUUCCUUAUCAAGAAAUUCAAUGUCUUCAGAUGAUUAUUUAAUAAAGAAACAAAAAGAAAAAUAA